UCUCAUAACAAACUGAGGUAAAAAAGAUUCAAUUUUAAAAAAGAUCUAAUCGGAUAGAGUGAAAGAUCGGGAGAAAUGGGUUCGAUUCCACCUGAAUUAAGCUUAGAUUGCAGACCUACUUUCAUUCCUACAUCCAUUACUGAUUUUCUUAAACAACUCUCCUCGAUCCGUAACGUACCUGAUAAACUCGCCCAGAUUGAUGAUUAUAUCUCCAGACUUGAAGAUGAAAUGAGGAAAAUCGAUGCCUUUAAACGCGAGCUUCCCCUUUCCGUCCUUCUUGUUAAAGAUGCUAUUGUGGCUUUGAGAGCAGAAUCAGUGCAGUGUAGAAAAUCAAGAACAGAACCAGUAUUGGAAGAAUUCAUUCCAUUGAAGAAGAGUUCCAAUGAAGACAAUAAAGCUGAAGUCACAAAAGAUAAGGAUAGUAGUAGAGAAAAGAUGAGUUGGAUGAGCUCUGUGCAGCUCUGGAACAGUGACCAAAAUACGGACGAAGCCAAUAAUAAACAACGGUCUAAAUCAGAGUUGAAAAUUAGAUCCCCUGAAGAAGGAAAUAGCUCGGUAUCUGAGGAUCGAUUCCAAUCUUGUAAAACCUUGAAUAUUGGAAAGGCAUUUUCACCUUUCAAGGGGUAUUCUGGUUUCUCAGUGACGACUGUUGGGAAAGACGAUAAAGAUGAACUACCAGGAGUACCAGGAUUAUCACUUCAUACUCCUGGAAUCAUAAAGCUGAGGGAGGACGCUAGUGGUUCGAAUUCAAAACACAAUGGCAGCAGAGGUGGUAUAUCUAGUGUAGCAAGUAGUCAAACAAAUAUAAGGAAUGGAUCAUUGUCUCAGCAGCAGGCUGCUAGAAAGCAGAGAAGAUGCUGGUCACCAGAGUUACAUAGGCGAUUUGUCGAUGCACUGCAACAACUUGGGGGUUCACAAGUUGCAACUCCUAAGCAGAUUAGAGAGCUCAUGCAAGUGGAUGGUCUAACCAAUGAUGAAGUAAAGAGUCAUUUGCAAAAAUAUCGGCUUCAUACACGAAGAAUUCCGAAUACACAGACCCAACAAGCAAAUCAGUCUGGUGUAGCAUUAUGGAUGUCCCAAGACCAAUAUGGGGGAUCCUCAAAGCAGAGCAGCUCCCAGUCUGGUUCCCCUCAGGGUCCUCUUCACUUGAGUGGGAGUUCCCGAGGUACUUCCACGACUGUCGGUGAUAGCAUGGAAGAAGAAGAUGAUGUAAAAUCUGAGAGUCAAAGCUGGAAAAAUCAUGCUCACAUGUCUGGAAAGAUCGAUGUAUAGAUCUCCACUGUGAAUUUUGCAGAUAAGAAUAUACAUUGAGGAAUUAAUUUACUAUAAAUUGAUACCCUAUACUUAUAUAUAAGUCUUGAGAGGUGAAAUUUUGCAGGAUUAGAACUCCUUUUUGUCUCUGUGCAUUUUGAACCGUGUUCUAGUUAUUUGUUGUUUUGGCAUAAGGAACUUGAAUUUAAGUCCAACACUUGAGAAAUGAAAGAGCAGUGCCUCUAUUGGAUCAAAUACAUCACUAUUACUAUCAA